ACAUCUUAAUCAAUGGCUAACGCAGGUGAAGAAUUCAGGCUGGUCUCGCCGGGCAUAGAGCACGACGGCCGGCUACCACGAAAAUAUACCGACGAAGGUCAAGGAGCCAAAAAGAACAUAUCCCCGCCACUUGAAUGGUACAAUGUGCCGGAAGGGGCAAAGAGUCUUGCUUUGGUGGUUGAAGAUAUUGAUGCCCCUGAUCCGGAAGGUCCGAUUGUGCCAUGGACUAUAUGGGUGGUGAGUAACAUUCCGCCGUCGUUAAAGGGGCUGCCGGAGGGAUUUUCCGGUAAGGAGACGGCGGAAGGUAAUAUUAAGGAAGGGCAUAACGAUGAGAAGGUCCCCGGUUGGCGAGCGCCUAAGAUGCCGUCGCACGGGCAUCGGUUUGAGUUCAAAUUGUAUGCUUUGGAUGAUGAGCCACAUCUAGGAAACAAGGUGACGAAGGAGAAACUGUUGGAUAGCAUACAAGGUCACGUGAUUGGAGAAGCAGUGUUUAUGGUUCAUUUCUGAUCUGUCUGUCUGUUUUUGUUGUUAUAUUAUUAUUAUAAAUUGCCACU